AUGAAAGGUAUACCAAAAGAGUUUAGAGGUAUUGUUUGGCAAGUAAUUGCAAAACUGAAAAAUUUUCAAUUAGAAGAAUUUUAUCUUCAAUUGAAAAAUGAAACUUCAAUUCAUGAAAAAUCAAUUAAGAGGGAUUUAACGAGAACAAGUUUUUUCACUAAUGUUGAUCAAAUUAAAAAAACUGAUGAAUUAUUCAAUGUUAUAAAAGCUUAUUCUUUAUUUGAUCCGGAUGUUGGUUAUACUCAAGGGAUGAUUUUCAUUGUUGUUCCAUUAAUUAUGAAUAUGAAUGAAUCAGAAUGUUUUGGAUUAUUAGUCACUUUAAUGAAGGAUUAUAAAUUAAGAUCAUUAUUUUGCCCAGAAAUGAAAGGAUUACAUCUAUUACUAUAUGAAUUUGAUAGAUUAUUGGAAAUUUACUCACCUCGUUUAUAUAAUCAUUUAGUAAAACAAGGGAUAAAAUCAUCAAUGUAUGCUUCUCAAUGGUUUUUGACCUUUUUUGCUUAUAAGUUCCCACUUGAUAUUGUUUUAAGAAUUUUUGAUAUUAUUAUAACUCAAGGUAUUGAAGCAAUUUUGAAAUUUUCAAUUAAUUUAAUGAUAAAAAAUGAAUCAAAUUUGAUUAAUUUAAAAUUUGAUAAACUAUUAGAAUUUUUGAAAUCAAAUUUAUUCAAUCUUUAUGUUAAUGAAGAAUUUAUAAAUUUUGAUAAAGAUGGUAAUAUUAUUAGUACUGCUACUGCUCCUCCAGCUGGUUCUUCAAAUACUUCCAAAUCUUCCAAGAGAGCUUCAACUGGACUUAAUAGAUCUGGGUCCGUUUCUAAAAGAUUUUCAUUACUCGGAGGUAACAGAGGUUCUAUUUAUGGUGGUAGUAAUACUAAUAAACAACAAAAGGGUUAUUAUAAAUUAGAUGAAUUAGUUUAUGAUGCAAUGCAAAUCAACGUUGUUCCAUUAGAUUUAAAUAAAUUUGAAUUAGAAUUCGAAAAUAUUUAUAUAAAUGAAACUUCUAAAAUUGAAGAAAUUGAAGAAUUGAGAAUUCAAAAUGGUAAAUUGAGACAUGAUAUUAAAUUAUUAGAAACAGAAUAUGCAAAUGUUAAUAGAGACCAUAUUGAAAUCGUUCAACAUAUGGUGGAUAUUAAGGUUGAAUUACCUGAAAUAUUAAAUGAUAAUGAAGAUUUACAUAAACAAAUCGAUCAAUUAAGAUUAGAUAUCGAAGAAUUACAAUCAAAAAUGGUCAGUAGUCCCGAUUCUGAAUCAUCCCCCAGCCUUAAUUCUAGUGUUUUGAAAUCUCCUGCUAUUCCAACUAAAAUAGAGAAUGAUAUUCAAGAAUUAUUGGUUAUCAAUGCCCAAGAAACUGAAAAAUUCGCCAACUUGGAAGACGAAUUACAUAAUUUGAUGGCCGAAGAUGAGAAAUUAACGAACGAAUUGAAAUCAAAAACCGCUAAGAAAUGGUUCCCUUGGAAUAAAAAGGCCUAG